GCCCCGCCAUCUGGAUUGACCAUUGCCGCAGGCGCAUGUACUCAUGUUUCCAGAGAUAUGGAUCUACGAAAAUUGCAAAACUUCAGCUUGCCGUCCAAUCCUGCGAAAUUGUUGACGUCAUGGACGAAAGACUGCUCCAUGUCGUCAGUUCUUCAGUUGGACUAGGCGCCGAAGAGUUGCGCAAUAUGUACAUUGACGUGUCAGGAAGAGCACCGAACCUACUUCGCGGCAGUGUAUCGGGUGCGAAAGUGAAAGAAAUAUUUCUUUUCCCGCCGACCAAGCACUGUCUUAAUGGAUGCCUGUAUGAGCGUGGAGAUCAGAAAGGCUAUCCGUUGGAACUUUCGUAUCACAAUGAUCCUGCAGAGGCUGGAACAAUUACUCAACCGCAGCGGCUUUUUUCGCGCAUGAGAUUGAAGAUGAAGUACGCGGAACCCCACUCCAAAGCCUCGGUUUUCUUAACGACACUGAUAUUGACUCCAUUUUGCCAGCUAUCGAAAAUGCUCGCUAAUGUUGUGGAGAAUGUUAAUCUGGUGAACUACCCUGAUAUAUGUUCGAAUGAACUCUAA